UGUGGACUGAGUGCCUGCUCCGUCUGCGGGCUGCAGUCAGGGGUACUUGUCUCCGUCGGGAUGUCGGAAACACAAUGCAAUUCGCCGCCCGAUCAGUGGGGAUCGCUACGCAAGACUGGCCCAAUCCCUAGACGCGGGAUCGUUAAGGAUUUUGAUUGUUGUGCUUCCGGCUCACAGUGAACGAUGAUGUCCGAGGAUGGGCAAGCUACGGAAAGUGUCUCCGUUUCACUUAAAGCACUUUACGCAGUAAAACAGCAUUUAAAACCUUUCAAACCUAGUCCUUCUCGUCCUCUCGUAUUAUGUAAGAAUAUUAGAUUGUGGGUUUUUAUCCACAACAGUUAAAUAUGUUCCUAAACAUGUCACCGUGCGGCUCAACUUUGGAAGAACAGCUUUCGUCCAUAAUGGACGUCCUUGCGAAAGCUGCCGUAUCUGAAAUUAGCCAACUGUUCUCGGAAGGCUCGGCUACACUUCGUCUACAAAUAACUCGGAGCCUGAAAGAAAACGAAGCGCUGAGGACGAAGAUGAAGGUGAUGAGGAGUGAGCUGUUUUCUUUGCGGCAUCAAACAAGAUCAAAUGCAUCGCGUGCUUCAAGUCGUUUCACCCUGGAUCGAGCCAACAUCUGCAAACCAGGGACUAAAUCACUGGGAAAUGAAAACUGCGAUGACUUUGAAGACCGCAGCACACAGCCCGGCGCUACCUCAGAUAGUCUGCAUGUGGACUCCCCUGGCUCCUCCCACAUUUCCAGUCACAACGAGGAGCUGAGUAUCCUGAGCGUCCACGGAAAGGGGGAGGGCCCACUGUCGCUGGAUGGAAAUGACACCCUCUACACCACGUCCGAACUGGAGGCCCUGAGCUCGCUCUCUGCGGACCAAAGCGUUGCCACGAGCCUGGAGCGAGCUGAGCAGCAGACUUUGCAGCAGCGGACCCCAGACACCAUUUUAAUCAAGGAGGAAGAGGAUAUUGGUGGAUGCAUGCCCCCUGUAGAAGACUUCGAUGACUUUGGAGACCGCAGCAAACAGUGCGACGCCACCUCGGAUAGUCUGCAUGUGGACGCCCCUGGCUCCUCCCACAUGUCCAGUCACAGCGAGGAGCUGAGGAUCCUGAGCGUCCACGGGGAAGGGGAGGGCCCACUGGACGGCCAUGACACCCUCUUCACGUCCGAACUGGAGGCUAUUAACUCGCUGUCCGCGGACCACAGCGUGGCCAACAGCCUGGAGCAGCUGGUCCACCGCGAGGAGCUGACUGGACAGCAGCGGACCCCAGCCACCAUUUUAAUCAAGGAGGAAGAGGAUAUUGGUGGAUGCAUCCCCCCUGUAGAAGACUGCGAUGACUUUGGAGACUUCAGCACACAGCGCAGCGCCACCUCGAAUAGUCUGCAUGUGGACACCCCUGGCUCCUACCAUAUGUCAAGUCACAACGGGGAGCUGCGGAUCCUGAGCGUCCACGGAAAAGGGGAGGGCCCGCUGGCGGACGGCCAUGACACACUCUUCUCCACAUCCGAACCGGUGGCUCUGAGCUCGCCGUCUGCGGACCGCAGCGUGGCCAAGAGCCUGGUCCAAAGUGAGGAGCUGACUGGGCAUCGGGGCGGCCGCAAAUGCCUGUCCGGUGUCUUGUUUGACAAGGGUUUUCCCGACAAUAUCAAGAAGACCAGCUGUAAGCGUACCCACACUGGCGAGAAGCCCUACAGCUGUGACCAAUGCUUGAAGAGUUUCAGUCAGAGCUGCAAUCUGAAGAGCCACAUGAGGACUCACUCCGGAGAGAAGCCAUACAGCUGUGAACGAUGCAUGAAGAGUUUCAGUCAGGGCUCCCACUUGAAGAGCCACAUGAGGACUCACUCUGGGGAGAAGCCCUACAGGUGUGACCAAUGCAUGAAGUGCUUCAGUAAGAGCUGCGACCUGAAAAGCCACAUGAGGACUCACUCCGGGGAAAAGCCAUACAGCUGCGACCGAUGCAUGAAGAGUUUCAGUCAGAGAUCCAACCUGAAGAGCCACAUGAGGACCCACUCUGGGGAGAAGCCCUACAGGUGUGACCAAUGUAUGAGGUGCUACAGUACAAACAACAGCCUGAAGAUCCACAUGAAUAUUCACUCCGAGGACAGGCUCAACAGGUGUGACCUAUGCUUGAAGUGCUUCACUACAAGCUGCGACCUGAAGAGACACAUAAGGAAUCAUUCCGCCGAGAAGCCCUACAGCUGUGACCAAUGCAUGAAGCGCUUCAGUAAGAGCUGCGACCUGAAGGUCCACAUUAGGACUCACUCCGGGGAGAAGCCCUACGAGUGUGACCAAUGCAUGAAGCGCUUCGGACGGGGCUCUCACCUGAAGAGCCACAUGAGGACACACUCCGGGGAGAAGCCCUACAGGUGUGACCAAUGCAUGAUGUGCUUCGGAGAUUACUCCCACCUGAAGCGCCACAUGAGAACUCACCCGGGGACAAGCCCUACAGGUGUGACCAAUGUGUAAAACGCCUAAGGCCCCGUCAUGUUCGUUAUGGCCGACCGUCCAGACCAGGGAUGGGCAACUGGCGGCCCGCGGGCCGCAUUUCGAAGGCAAACCCAUGCGUCUAGUUUGCUUAGAAGCGAUAUCAGUCAUUAAAGAUAUCCACUUAAGUCGCCACUACAACUACUACAACUGCUUGUUGGGUUUGAGUUCAUUGAGUUGUUGCACUUAAUGUUGGGCCACUGUUUUUCAGUUUUUUGACUUCAUUGAAUGAUGAUGCAUGUGAGCUCUUUGCACUGAUAAAAAUACUGACCAUUCAUGUGGCUGUUUGAGCAUGGAAAACAUGAAAUUAAUGUAUGUUGGUCCAAUUAACAUACCGUACAUAGGUUAUGAUUCUGGAUGAUUUUGUAGGUAGUGGCCUUCCCCAAAAUGCACCAGAAUACAGGAAAUCAUAUCUACCAAAUUAAAAAAAAAUCGAAAAAUGUGGCCCUCUUUAUCAUGAAAGUUGCCCAUCCCUGGUCCAGACGGACCCCGGCGUUUUCGGGUCCUGCAAACACAGGAACACAGGAGCCGACUCACUCCGGGAAGAGGCAUGUGUCUACAGUGCAACGCCAGCUUCAACGGCCCUAGCAAUUGUCCCAUUGCGUUGGCACAUGCUCAAGCACACAGGCAAGGGUGCUUUGUCAUGGGGCAACGGGACGCUUUGAUUGACACCUCUCCACUAUUUGUUGAAAAUUUGACUGCUGUAUUUCUUUUUUCAUCAUGAUUAAAGACGAUUUCCAACUUUGGAUUCGCUUUCUGUUUUGAUUGUUGUAGAUAAUUGAUGUCUGUGUGAUGAAUUCUUAUUUUUUGAAUACUUCGGACAAGCAAACGUUUGAUUUAAAUAUGGAGCCUUAUCAUUGGAAGAUACAGGCAGCGAAGUUGCAAAGCAUACAUUCAACGAUGGUUGUAUGAUUAUUUUAGCAAACUUUCACAUUGUUGGGUAAUCGAGCACAUCAGUGACCGCCCCUUUUUUUAACAGCUCUGGUUCCGGAAGUAAAUCUCCCGUUUUCUCUGUUGAAAUGUUCAUAAAAUCGUUAUGCAAAGUUCUUUUAAACCUCGAGCCAAGCCAAUUGGUUCGUCAGGGUAGUAGUGACCAUAAAACAUAUGAUUCGGGGCAAAAGGAAUUUGGAACACAGAAGAAAAGGCAAUGGUACAAGACUACAUUAUUUUGGUGAAGGAGGAACUCUCCCCAUAAACCUUUGAAAACUUUUCACAAUGGUUCCAACCCACUUAGCGUUUUUCUUGCAUCUUAUAACCUUUAUCAUUCAUAUAUUGUUUAUGUUAGUAAAAGUUGUGUCAUAUAUUCUGUGUAUGUAUGUAUAGUCUUUCAUAUCGUGUAUGGCGUUGUCAUGGUACGUUCCUGAUCCCAAUCAAAUGUGUGACAUAUUCAUUCACCAUUAUGUAUUCCUAGCUUUGAUACUACAAAAACUUUUAUUUUUUAUAAUAUAUUCUAUAUCAUAUUUUCCAUAUGUUGAGCUCAUUUCCUCUACAGUGAGCUCCACCAAUCAUUACCAGUCAUGUUACACUUUAGGAUUAUGGGUAGUGUACUGGGGCCUCUACAAACUCUUUUUUUCCAUAGGAAAUUUACUUUCCUAUGAAGAUGACCCGGAAGUGCUUUGAGGAAAGGUGUUAGGAAAGGAGCCUCGAUGCUUCCUUAAACCCUCCUUUUGCAUAGGUUCCUCCUGAGCAACCUUUGCGAAAGGAGAUAGUGGUAUCCCAUAAUCCUUUACGGCGGCCAUAUUUAAGGCAACGUGCCACCGACGAAGUUUACACACUACGCAAAGACGCACGUGAGACGCGGUAAAGCAGAAGAACAGAAGAGAAGAAUAUACAAUUGAUAAUGGAUACUAAAUAAGAACAACUUUCCAUUUGUUCACUUGCUUUAAUGAACGAUAGCAGUGAAAUGACAAUAAUCAAACAUGUCAUGAGCAGCUAAAAGUGCUGGUAGGUUUACAUCCAAAUAGAGUCAUUAACUUCCAGUUCCGUUAUGUGCAACAACACAGAGGACCGUAGUGCAAUAUUCAAUAUCUCCCCCUGAGCCUUUAACACUCUAACACAAACUCUAGCUGAUUUAAAAAAAACAGCAUUGAACGGUUGUACGCACUACGCCAUAAAAACGAGCGGAAAGUCCAACAUGAACACAAUGCCCACAGAACCCAUUAAAGACUACCCCACAGCAAAGUCCUUAUGCCAGGCAGGCACACCGGCCUUCCUGGUGGACCGGCGCAAGCCUGUUGCCGGCGACACGUCGGGCGGCAUUGGGAGAGGGGCCACAGAGGCUGGCGGCGGCGUACGAGG